AUGAAACGCGAGCUGCACGAAGAUUCGAGCCUGAACCUAGGUAUUUUCCGUACGCAAGCAAUUCGCCCCGGAAAUGUGCUUCCAUUGCGCAUGAUUCCCAUCGGCACAACCAUCCACGCUAUCUCGCUCCUGCCGCUAGGGCCAGCCAAGCUUGUGCGUGCUGCGGGUACAUUUGGCCAGCUCGUGACGUUCUCAUCUCUCCGCAAGAAUGUCGACCUGGGCGAAUCAGAAGAUCUGACGCGUCAUACGCAUGCCCAAGUGCGUCUUUCUAGCGGCGAAGUGCGUCUCGUGCCAAUCGACUGCUGCGCGACAAUUGGCGCUGUGAGCAACAAGGACCAUCAACAUAUACGCCUCGGCAAGGCUGGACGCAGUCGCUGGCUCGGCAGGCGGCCCAAGGUCCGUGGUGUGGCGAUGAAUCCUUGCGACCACCCUCAUGGUGGUGGCCGUGGCAAGUCCAAGUCGAACAAGGCACCACGUUCCAUUUAUGGAUUCCCACUCAAGUUCCAGCGCACUCGCCGCCCUGGUACACGUGGUGGCAACCGUAUGGUGGUUCGUGCACGUCCGCGUCGCAACGGCAAGCGGACUGGCUAA